AUGUCAACCUUUAUUGAAGAUUUUACCUCUACUGCGAACGAAGAUUUGUAUUCACGCUUAUCGCUUACUUCUGAAGCCACAUCUUCUGAAAUCAAAAACGCAUACCACCGUUUAGCGCUCCGGUAUCACCCUGACAAGCACACAAAUGCGACGCCUGAAGAACGCGAAGAAGCUACACGAAAAUUUCAGUCUCUGGGUUAUGCCUAUGCCAUACUCAGUGACCCUCAAAAAAGGGAAAUAUACGACAAGACGGGCGAAACCGAAGGCUUGGACAGAUUUGAUAAUCUUGAUAAAGAAGGAUGGGAUGCUUUCUUUAGAGAAUUGUGGUCAGGAGUGGUCAACUCUGAGUCGAUAGAAGAGUUUCGUGCAAGUUAUCAGGGAUCUCCUGAGGAACGCAAGGACCUCAUUGAAGCCUACAAAAAAUUUCAAGGUGACAUGGAAAUUAUCAUGCAAUAUAUCCCAUGCGGGACGGUGGAUGAUGAAAAACGGUUCAUAAAGAUACUUAGGUCUGCUAUUUCUUCCGGGGAAAUAUCUUCUUUUAAAAAAUUUACCGCUAGCACCAGCUCGGCUGCUAGAGCAAAACGAAAGAAAGAGUCUGAAAAUGAAGCCAAAGAAGCUGAGGAAAUGGCUAAAAAGUACGGAUUAGAUCAAAAAUUGCUAAAAGGUAAUUGCGGGAAUGAAGAAGAUCAGUUAAAACAAAUUAUACAAUCAAGGGGCGAAAAAAGGAUGAGCGCGUUAUUGGAAAGUUUGGAAUCAAGAUAUGCAGCCGGUAAAUCCAAGAAAUCAAAGCCAAAUCCGAGUAAAGGAAAGAAAAAGAAAGAUAAAAAACGGGACGACUUUAUAGUAUCUGAAGAAGAGGAAGAAAUAGAUGAACUAGCUCCUGAACCAACCGAAGAAGAAUUCCAGGAGUUACAAAAAAAAUUGAUGGCCAAUAAGGCGAGCAGUUCAAAGGAAAAGGGUCCAAAUAAAAGUGGGAAAAUGAACGGAAGUUCAAAAAGUGGGAAAGUCGGAAGAAGCAAACGCGGUACCGAAUAA